AUCCCCACAAUACUCCCUGGUUCUUAGGGAACUGUUAGGCUUCUAUGGGUUGAAUUUCUUGAAAAGAGGAAUACGUACAAAUCUGAGUAUUUUCCUCCUUCGAAAUUCAUCAAUCUGUAUGUAUGUUCCUUCAAAAUCCCAGGAGACGAUCCGUACCAAAACCUUCCCUCAAUCACUCACCCUUCCUGCGCCUCUCCUCGGGUCACAACACUGUCGAUGAAAACGAUAAUCCCUCCUUUGAUUUCAGGCGCUACGUGCUCGAAAAGGCUGAAUCCAUCGACGAGGCCCUAGAUGCCGCUGUUCCGCUCAAGGAGCCGCUCAAGAUCCACGAGGCCAUGCGUUACUCGUUGCUCGAGGGAGGCAAGCGGGUCAGGCCGGUCCUCUGUCUAGCCGCUUGCGAGCUUUUGGGUGGCCACGAGGCUACAGCCAUGCCUGCUGCCUGUGCCAUCGAGAUGAUCCACACCGCUUGCCUCAUCCACGACGACCUGCCGUGCAUGGACGAUGCAGACCUCCGCCGUGGAAAACACGCUAACCAUAAGGUGUUUGGAGAAGCCAUAGCCGUUUUGGCUGGAGAUGCGUUUAUCUCACUGGCAUUUGAGCACAUGACUGCAGCGACGCGAGGCGUGGAUCCCGAGAGGAUGAUCUGUGCCGUGAGAGAACUGGCUAAGGCGAUCGGGACAAAAGGGCUAGUGGCGGGACAAGUGGUGGAUAUGAGCAGCGGAGGGCUGAACCCGGGGGAAGUGGGGCUGGAAGAACUGGAGUUCAUCCAUGUCCACAAGACGGCGGUUUUGCUGGAAGCAUCGGCAGUUCUUGGGGCGAUAAUGGGAGGCGGAUCGGACGAGGAGAUAGAGAAGCUGAGAAAGUUUGCCAGACAUGUGGGGCUAAUGUUUCAGGUGGUGGAUGAUAUCUUAGACGUGACGAAAUCCUCGGAGGAACUGGGGAAGAAUGCAGGGAAAGACGUGGCAUCCGACAAGCUGACAUAUCCGAAGCUGAUGGGUCUGGAGAAAUCGAAGGAAUUCGCGGAUAAGCUGAACGCAGAAGCGUUGAAGCAGCUCCGAUGGUUUGAUUCGGACAAAGCUGCUCCUCUUGCGGCCUUAGCCAAUUACGUUGCGUCUAGGCAGAACUGACAACGAGUCUGCAGGUCGAUAUUUCUUCCUUUCGAAACUUCGAACUCGAGUUUUAAUCAAUGAUGCUGAGCUUGUGAUCAUGAUAUGUAUGCGUCAAAUCUCGCUUCGAUAUUAUUAAGCCAUACUCGGUCUCUCCCUAUCAUUUUUAGAGUGAAAUUGAUGAGAUCGUCACACAUGUUUCCUUUAAAUCAUGUUUGAAGUGAUUAUAAGAUUGCGAUGGAUGAGUCCUUGG